AUGGCUGGUGGCCUCGUCAAAUACCGGCAUCUGAGCCGCAAGUCCUCGGCCAGACAGGCUCUGCUGCGAGGCCUCGUUACCCAGCUCGUGCAAUAUGAACACAUCCAGACCACAUACGCAAAGGCAAAGGAGACGCAGCGCCUCGCCGAAAAGCUAAUAACGCUGGCCAAAAGAAACAAUGAGCCGUGCAGGAGGUCGGCGCAGGGUAUUCUUUAUACACCAAACCUGCUAAUGCCCAAGCUCUUUGGCGAGCUACGGAACCGCUACCUGACCCGCGAGGGAGGCUAUACUCGAGUCGUCCGCACCGAGCCCAAGAACACAUACGACCAGGGCGAGAGCGCAAUCCUCGAGUUUGUCGACGGAAAGAAGGAUUCUCGCUUCAUGAUGACGGCCAAGACUCUUGCGCGAGACCGGUUAUUAGGGCGCUCCUCGACCCCUGUGACGCUGCAGAACGUGAAGAAGGUGACCAAGUUCCGCGACGAGAAGGAGCUGGAGGAAAUGGUUCAGCGCUUCAUGAUUCUCAGCACCGAGGGCGAAGGUGCGGUUGAAGCUCAGAGUGUUGAAUCAGCCAAGUUAGCGGAGAAGGAGGGCGCUGCUGCGGAAGUCAUGGCGGGAGAUAUUGUUCCUGAAAGCGCAAAAUCUGGCGAGCAAGUCAAGAGGUGA